UUGCGUCAUUAUCUGUCAUCAGAAACUUAAAAAGUCAACAACAACGGUGUUCUCGUUCUUCAAUCCUUCACUUUCUUCUCCGAUUACAAACCUACCAACCAAUCAACCGAUUUGUUUUUUAAAAAGCAGAUUGACCGAUCUGACUGAACCAUCCCGCCAACCCGAACCCGAAGCCAUUAUCCAUCCCCAUGGAUACAAGAACAACAACAGUUUCCCCCAAUCUUUUUCUUCUUAAUUCACAACAACCGGAUUUUUUAAAGUCAAUCAACGAACUCAGUGACGUGUCAACUGCAUUAUCAGCAUUCUUACAUGACUUCCAUGACUUGUGCAAUCAUAUUGCUUCCAUUAGCUCCGCCAUUGACGCUCAACUGCCACCUCAUCUCCUCCUCCUCCUCAAUACUACUACUGCUACUCUCACUGAAGCGAUUUUUGAGGAACGGAACUCUAACGGAACGGAAAUAAGUAACGGUGUGUUAAUACUUGCAAAUAAUGAUGAUGAUGAUUUGAUGAAGGAGAAAGAGAGUGAACAAGAUAUUGAUGCUAUAUGGAAUAUGAUUGAGGAUAUUGAUUGUCAUAAUAAUAAUGCUCCGUUGAACAAGUGCAAGGAAGCGGAUAUUAUUAAUAAAAGAAAUGUGCUAUUGAAGAAGGAUCCCCAGAAAAUUGAUAGUUUUAGGAAGCCGGAAGAAAUCGUUAAGUUGAAGGAGGAUGCAGCAACCGAUGUAGCGCAGAAAAAGAAGAAGAAGAGGAAGCAUGAAGAAACUCAUGUAUCAAAGGCGGAUGAGGAAAUCGAUAUGUCUAAGGAGUCUCAUGAAAUCACUAUAUCAAAGAAGAAACCUCCUGACGCAUCAAAGAAACUUGUAGAAAAUGAUAUACUUGUAUUGAUUAAGCCUGAACAAAUGGAUGUACCAAAGGAACCUCAAGAGGAAACCGAUGUAUUGAAGAAACCCGUAGAAGUUGAUAUAUUGAAUAAGCCGAAACAUAUUGGUGUAUCAAAGAAACCUCUUCAAGAAGCUGAUGCAUCAAAGAAAGAAAUUGAUGUUAUGAAAAAAGCUGAUGAAAUUGAUUCAUCAAAGAAACCCUCAAUUGCCGAGUUACAAUUCUGUUGUAGAAGUACAAUAAAGAAUCAUGCAGCAAUGAUGCAGGAGUUAUCUGAUCUGAAAUCUAUACGAAGAUGUUUGGAAACUCACAAGGUUGAUCCCUCAAAGUUCCUUUCUGGUAUCAAAGUGAAUGAAAAAAUUGAACGACUUGAGAAAGUAAUAAAGGAGCUAGAUAUAAAGUUGGCUGAACAAAAGUCCACACUAAAGAGAAUAGAAAAAGAAAACGAGUUUUCAAAAUUGAAUAAGCCUGAAGAAAUUGAUGUAUCAAAGAAGCCCGAUGAAUUUGAUGUGUCCAAUAAGCUUCAGGAAACUGAUGCGUCGAAUAAAGCUCAUAUAAUUGAUGCAUCAAAGAAGCCGGCAAUUGCCGUGUUAGAAUUCUUAUGUAAAUAUCGGCAUGGCAACAAAGUGAGAAACCAUGUAGUGGCGCAUUUUUCUGAAUUAAACUCACUCCAUCAAGAAAUUGCAAUGGCAUUGAAGCUAGCUAGACACCCUGCGAUGCUUGUAUUAGACUGCAUUUGCAGGUUUUUCUUACCGACCAGUAGAGGAUGCUACCAUGGGGAAUUUAUGCACCAGGAGCGUUCUGCAAAAUUGUCGAAAGGAAAAGGAAAGCACAUUGUGGUAAGGCAGGCUUCAGUUUUACUUUUGGAAUCUUUUGUGAUGAUAAGCGGUGAUGGUAUUGAGAUCAGAAAACAAGAUAAAGAAUAUGCAGAAAAUGCUGCUAUUGAUUGGAGAAAACGGAUUAUCAAUGAAGGUGGAUUGAUAUACAUGGAGGCGGUUGAUGCCAGGGGAUUGCUUCUGUUUAUUAGUGGAUUCGGGAUUCCAGAUGGUGUUUUCUCGAAUGAGGAUUUUAGUGAUUUGAUUAGGGCUAGUAAUGUGAAGGAAAUAUCCAAUGCACUUUGUCAUUCUACUAUACUUAUCUCAAAACUUCCAGAAGUAAUUGAUUGGAUGGUGAAAAAUAAUCUUGAAAUUGAAGCUGCUGAUAUUGCUUAUACUUUCGGCUUGGAGGAUAAGUGCCAUCCUGAAACCAUAUUGAUGACAUUCUUGCACAAUAAAAUUAAACACACUCAAAACGGAUCUUCUUUACAAGUGAAUGCAACAAUGAUGCAGCAGUUAUCUGAUCUUAAGUCUAUACGAAGUUGUUUGGAAACUCACAAGAUUGAUCCCUCAAAGUUCCUUCCUGGUGUCAAAAUAAAUGAAAAAAUUGAACAACUGGAGAAAGUGUUAAAUGAGCUAGAUUCAAAGUCGAAUGAAGAAAAGUCAACACUAAAGAGGAAAAAAAAAGAAACCGAGUCUUCAAAAUCGAAUAAGCCUGAAAAAGUUCAUGUAUCAAAGCAGCCCGAUGAAAUGGAUGUGUCAAAUAAGCCUGAAAAAGAUAAUGUAUUGCAUAAACCUAAAGAAAUUGAUGUAUCAAAAAAAGCUGAAGAAAUUGAUCCAUUAAAGAAGCCUGCAAUUGCCGAGUUAGAAUUCUGGUGUAAAAGAAUGGAUGCCAAGAAAAUAAAGAAGCAUGUAGUGGCACAUAUUUCUGAAAUGAACUCACUCCAUCAAGAAAUCGCAAAGGCAUUGAAGCUAGCUAGAAAUCCUGCGAGACUUGUAUUACACAGCAUUGGCAGGUAUUUCUUACAAAGUAGUGGAGCAUACUACUCUAGAAAUGGGCACCAGCAGAUUGCGAUAAGGCAGUCUUCAGUUUUGAUUUUGGAAUGUUUUGUGAUAAUAAGCGGUGAUGGCAUUAAGAUCACCAAAGAAGAUGAAGAAUAUGCAAAUAAUGUUGCUAUUGAUUGGAGAAAACGGAUGCUCAAAGAAGGUGGAUUGAUAUGCAUGGAAGCUGUUGAUGCUAGGGGAUUGCUUCUGUUUAUCAGUGGAUUCGGGAUUCCAAACGGUGUUUUCUCGAUUGAGGAUUUCAGUGAUUUGAUUAGGGCUAGUAAAGUGAAGGAAAUUUCCAAUGCACUUCGUCAUUCAACUAUUCUUAUCUCAAAACUUCCAGAAGUAAUUGAUUGGAUGGUGAAGAAUAAUCUUGAAAUUGAAGCUGCUGAUAUUGCCUAUACUUUUGGGUUGGAGGAUAAGUGCCACCCUGAGACCAUAUUGAUGACAUUCCUUCAGAAUAGAAAUAUAGAAACUCAAAAUGGAUCUUCUUUACAAGUGAAUGCAGCAACGACGCAGCAGUUAUCUGAUCUAAAAUCCAUACGAAUAUGUUUGGAAACACACAAGAUUGAUCCCUCAAAGUUCCUUCCUGGCGUCAACAUCAAUGAAAAAAUCGAACAACUGGGGAAAGUAAUAAAUGAGCUAGAUUUAAAGUUAAAUGGGGAAAAGUCAACACUAAAGAGGAAAGAAAAAGAAACCCAGUUUUCAAAGGAUCUGAACCAUCAACAGCAAGCAAAACGUAUUUGUUCUAGUCAAGGAAAUUUGAAUCCCCAUGACCACUAUGGCAUACACCCAUAUAACCUAUCAACACAACCAAGUCGCAGCAGCUACUUUGACCGAAACCUUCCUAAUAAUAAUCAUGUCACAAACUAUUCCGCUUCAUCUGUAUUUAGUGCACCUGUACCGCCCCAAAAUUUAAUUAGCUCAGGUUUAGCUGGUUCCUAUGGCCCAUGUGUUUAUGGUGGACCUGUUGCUGAAUUAAUGCCUAACAUGAAUAACCCUUGGCCUUACAGGGGUCAAGCAUAUCCUGGACAAAGUCAGGCAUAUUAUCCAUACCCAUCUUUUCCGGGAUUGCCAGAUCAUUCCCUGCCAGGUGGCUUUUUUGGAUGGCGGGCCCCAUCUUCUGAUCUCUACAGGUCUGCUGAUACGGCUGUUAAAAGGGGAUCUCCCCGAGGACCUCAUCCAGCGGGGAGUACUACCAGACGCUAGUCUUGCAUGUUCUAAACAUAUUUAUUUUUUGUUUAAGUUAGUUGCUGAUGUAUAUGAUAGUAGGGUUAAUUAAUGUUGGCAGGGCAUUGGUAACUUGCUUCAUUUUGUACAUUGUAUACUAUACUAAAAACCAUGCAUCUUUUUGCGUGCGCCACACAUUUUCAACA